AUUAUUUUAAUACACCUAUUGUAUAUGAUCGGGUACUUCAGCAACAGUGUUUUGUGCGGCAAUUACAAAUCAUAAUAUUAAAAAAAGAGGAUUCUAUUUCUUAACCGAUUAAUACAAUAUUUAUAGUUGGUCGACAAAAGUAAUUACUAGAUAAUUCAAUUGAUAUUAGCAGCUAAGAGUUAUUAUUUACAGUUUUUUUAAAUGAACACUUAACAGUUAAGGAGAAUGAAUGAUACAAGUGAGAACACAGUGUCGAGUACAAAUGAUAUCUCAGCAGAAACAUUUGAAACAAAUGAUUUUGAUGAUUUAAUAACUUCAUCAAAACCAGAGUCAACCAAAAGUAAAAAAAAGAGAAACCGAAAUAAUGUUUAUAGUAAAAAACCUGGAAAAAAAAAGAAAAAAGAAAAAAGUUCGUUGAAAGUGAAAUGGCAAAUGAAAAUUGACACCAAUAAUUUAAACAAUGUUUCAAGUAGUGAUAUAACUGAUAAAAAAGAACUUUCUGAUACUGAAACAAUGCGUUUAUCUAAUAAAUCAGAUACCUUGGAAAAUAACGUACGUUCAAAUAAGCGAGUUAUUAAGCGAAAGUCGUGGUCUAAUGAGUAUGAAACUGCACCUUUUACACCUUCACCAAAAAAAUCUAAAGGUAUUCGACCAGAUUGCCCGCCGUUUUGCCGUACAAAUUGUACAUUAACACAUCAUCCUUUACUAAUUGCUGCUCGAAAAGUCAUAGAGAAUGACUCAUCAACUACAAUGCAGUUUUUGCAAAAAGUUGAAAGUUUUUAUGGUGGUGCUGACGGUCAAAUGAAUCCUAGCGAUUGCAUCAAUGAUCAGUGGAAAAACACUGACUAUCCGCUUUUGCAUUAUUUAGCACUUAUGGGUAAAUGUGCCUGUUCAUUUGUUUUGAGUCAGUCUGGACAUGAGCCUACAACUACAGUUACUGAAAAUGGGGACAAUGUACUUCAUACUCUUGUUAAAGAUAUGUAUCUAUUUAACUGUACACACGGACAUAUGGAUGUUUUAUCGAAAAAAUUUAAUUUGCUUUUAAGGGAGUUUGUUGACUGCUUAAAAUUUGUAAACAAACGCAAAGAAACUCCAUUACAUAUAAAUGCAAAAAUGAUUUCAGAUACCGUUUUGCUUUUAAAGGAUGAAGCUAGACAAAAGCCUCCUUUUCGUUUAUAUCAGUUUUGUAAAAGUAUGUUUGAUGCUUGUUUAGUUCAACUUUCUUCUUUUGAUGAUGUAAAACGCCUCAUUAACUUACAAGAUCAUGCUGGUUUUACUGUUAGCCACUACAUAGCAUCUGACAGAGCAUCAUUUGAAUUUUUAGAUAGAUUAAAAGAAAUGGGAGCUGAUUUUGAUAUAAAAAACAGCCUAAAUCAAAAUGUAAAUGACAUUCAAAAGAAUGCGCCUUCUCCCCCUUCCAAUGAUUUGUUAGAGCUUGCAGUUUUUUCUGCAAAAGGGCAUAAAGUGAAAAGUGCAACACAUAAUAAACCAAAAUACUCACCGCAAAAAAAAAAACAAUCUGCAAGAAUUGAGCAAGAGAUAAAUACAGCUCAAUACCCAGUUAUUCAAUCCUCAAAUGCAACAAAUGUAGACAUAAACAUUUCAAAACCAGCUAGUCUUCGAAUACCACUUACUUUACAAAAGCAUACUGGUAAAGCAACUUCCUCUACUGUUGAUCCCCCAAGGACUGGUCCUCGAAUAAAAGUUACUCCAGUUAGAGGUGCUAAGGAAAAUAAAACAGAAAAAAAGGAGGAUAUAAAUAUGGGUUAUUCUAUUGAAAAAAAAAAAAAAGAUGAUAUAUCUGAUAAAAGUAAUCAUAGUCAGAAAUCUGAAAUUAGUCAAAGCAAGUGUGAUGAUGAUUUAGUGCUCCAAACUACAACAUCUACUCACCUCUCAAGUAAAAGCUUCGAUACAAACAAGGAUAUUAUAUUAACAAAUUUAAACAUAGACAAUUCUACAACCAAUGUUUCAAAUCCGCCUGUUAGUUUAAAAGUUUUUACCUCUCGAUUUUCAAAUAUUUUACCAAAAUCUUUAAAUAGUUCUGUUGACAAAAAGUCUGACGAAAACUCAUCAAAUGUGCACAAUUUGCUAAUAAAAUCUACAAAAAAUAGUCAUUUAAAAAAUGCAUCUCAAUCAGUACUUACAUCUCCAUCAGUAGUUACUUCUCCAUCAGUUAGCAAUAAUUUAAAAGUAUCUGCAAGUAUCAAUAACCAGUCAUUUCAGGCGUCACAUAAUGUGCAAGUUGUAGCAGCUCUACCUCACAUGCAACUCCCUAAUGCUUCUCAGUUUCAACAAACCACAAAUGUAUCUCCAAAUCUUCUUUCGCAACCCUUUUCAAAUAUACCUCAAAACAAUGUUAUUGUUCGAACGCCAAGUGGUAAACUUGUCUCUGUAAACUUAAUGUCAAUGAAUUCAUCACAACAACCAUCAGUUUCUUCUAAUCUUGUGUCUCCCCUCAUUCCAAUUCAGACCAAUCAGCGAGCUUCACUUUACCCAUCCUCAGGUUCAACAUCUCAGCAAGCACCUACAAUGCAUCAAUCAUUUCAUCAUCAGAUUCUUCAAAACCAAAAUCAAGUUAAUUUACAACAGCAACAAGUUUUAAAUCAGUUACAGAAUUUACAACAUUUUACUGGAAACACAGUGCAAAAUACAAUGCAACCACAACCUUUUUUUUUUAUGCCUCCUAAUGGUGUUAGAUUUAUGGUUCCUUCCACUAAUUCUCUACCUUCUGGAACAUAUGUUAGUCCUUCAUCUUAUCCAAACAUACAGAGUUAUCAUAGUUUGCAAGGAACAUGGCGUCCUAAUAUAGUUAGAGAGAUUCAACCAAACAAUCUAGGUUAUAAUUUUUCACCAAAUUUGCAUCCUCAAAGUAUUUCCACUGCUCAAUCUUUAAACAAGGUUUAUGGCACAGGGUUAACUAAUAGGUUUGCAUUCUCUAAUAAUAAUCAGAAUCAAAAUAUUUCACAAACUGUAGAACAAAACUUUUCUCAGUUGAACAAAAAUCCAAUUAGUUCUAUGAAUGAAACUCAUUCUAAAAAACUUCGAAGUCUUGAAGCAAGUAUAAACUUUAUUAAAAAUGGGUCUCAGAAACGAAAAAGCUACCCACCUAAUCAUUUAAAAGGUACCAAUCAAGAUAUUGCUCCACCUCCAGUAAUCAUACUUGAUAGUGAGUGUACCCAAGUUCAAACAGAUAAGGUUGAAAAUAAGCUAUCAUCUUCUGUUGAAAGUUUUCGAGAUAGUUUGAAAAAUUCUCCAAAUAUAUAUGAUACAAAAAAUGAUACAGUAACUUUGAAUCGAAAUGAUAUAAAGGAUAAAGGAUUAAUUGAAUUGCUCAAAAUUUAUACUGAAAAAAGAAAAGAGUUUUCCAAUCAGCUUCAGGAAGAGCAAAGAAGAGUUUCUGAUUUAACGAACGAACUUCGUGCACGUGAAAAUGAAAUCAAAGAUACAAAUAUUCUAAUAGACGCUAAGGAGUCUGAGUUGUCAUUCUUACGAAAAAGAGUUGAAGUGGCGCAUGAAGCUGUAUUAAACAUAUCAAGUGACAGAAGUAAAUCGAUUGAACAAUGUAACACAAUAACUAAACAUCUUGUUAACUUAGACUUAGAAAUUGAAUCCGCGCGCUCAGAGAGCGGUGAUCGAGUUUAAUUUUUUUUUUUAAAGAAAUACUUUUAUAUGUUUUUA